AUGGAAACGUCACCUCACUCAAACGAUGAAUAUACUAUUGGGUGGAUAUCUGCCUUGAGUGAUGAGCUCAAGGUAGCCAUGGCCAUGCUGGAUGAGGAGCAUGGGAUGCCGCAGUCAUUACCUCGAGAGGACUCCAACGUGUAUAAUUUAGGAAAGAUUGGCGGGCACAAAAUUGCAAUGGCUUGCUUGCCGGGAGGGCAAACAGGAACUGGUCCAGCUGCUGUCGUUGCAGAGAACAUGCGUCGCACCUUCAAGAACAUAAGAUUUGCAUUUCUUGUGGGCAUCGGAGGGGGUGUGCCAGGUAAGGGGAAAGACAUCCGUCUGGGAGAUGUUGUGGUGAGCCAUCCUCGUGGAAUCUAUACCGGAGUCGUACAGUACGAUUACGGUAAGCUCAACGGCAAUGGUGAUAUCCAAAGGAAGGACUGGUUCUCUGCGCCACCUAUGAAGGUUUUGUCUGCGGUCACCAAGCUCGAGACACUUCACACCAGACCGAAGAACCCGAAAAACAAUAUGGCUGGGAUUGUCGAUGAGUUAGGCGAAGACUACGCAUACCCCGAAGCCAGUGAGGCUCUUGAUCACUUGUAUCGAGCUGACCACGCUCACAUCCCCGAGGCCGAGACAUGCGAUUCUUGCGACACCCACGCGAUAGUUUCACGAAAGCCCCGCAAGUCACCAAGCAAGCCACGUGUGCACUACGGUAUCAUUGCUUCGGGAAACAUGGUGUUGAAGAACGGAGUCGAAAGGGAAAAGAUCGACCAGCGUUAUGAGAACUUGAUAAUGUGCUUCGAAAUGGAAGCAGCCGGGAUGAUGAACAAUUUCCCAUGUCUUGUGAUUCGAGGAAUCAGCGACUACUCAGAUUCUCACAAAAACGAUGAAUGGAGAAAUCGCGCGAUCGCGGUGGCCUCGGCAUAUGCGAAAGAGCUUCUUUGUCUGAUCGAGCCAUCUGAUAUGGACGUUCUACCUCCUAUAGCUGCUCGUGCGCUGGAAACCGUCUCCAAGAAGCUCAAAAGCAUCGAUGAAAACACCUCGGCAAACACUGAACUGCUGGAACAGUCCAACAAAGAGAGCCGCCAAAAACGGGAGCAGGAUCUACAAAUGCAAUUCGAAGCGUGGCUGAAACCACCGAAUGUCCGAGAAAUCCAACAGGAUGAAGCCCGAAGGAGGCUGCCAGGGACAUGUGACUGGAUCUGGACAAAUCCGACGUUCCUCUGUUGGAAUGAUUCAUCUCUUUUAUCGGCUCCAGACAGAGUCUUUUGCAUAUACGGCCCUCCUGGCAGCGGGAAAAGCAUUCUAGCUUCUGCCAUUGUGGAUCGGUUGUGGAAUGAGAAAGUGGCUACGUUGUUUUACACAUUCUCCGGCAUGAAUGCUAGUCAUCAACAGUCGAACGGACUCAUUCGUUCACUUCUAUGGCAGCUGGUGAAAAUUGUCAUACAGAAACAAAGCACAUCUCUUCUUUCCACUUUGAUGUUGAUGGGUCAACCAACGAUAUCUGAUUUGUGGACGGGGAUCAAUGAAAUUGCCACAUUGGUCUCAGAACCGAUUUACUGCAUCGUCGAUGGUGUGGAUGAAAGUAUGGAUCCAAUUUCCGAAUUGCUUGAAAGAGUCCUCGCUCUUCUUGAGGCCCGGUCAAACUUUCGCUUCAUCCUGCUUGGAAGGCAGCAUUCAUUUCACCAAGCUGACUCUAUCCGCCACAAAAUUGAGGUACACCCUGCGUUAACAAAGGAUGAUGUGGAUCGAGUCAUUGAAAUGGGAAUCAACCGAUCUGCAAUCCUUAACAAACAAGACGUGCGUGAAAAGGUCCUCAGGUCUCUUCAAGAGCAAUCCGAUGGAAAUUUCCUAUGGGUCAGGCUCAUGUUUGUUCACCUGGAAAAGUCGCUUCCAUUGGCCCAUGGCAUCAAAAGACUCAACAAAUUGCCUCGCGACCUGGAAUCAAUCUACGAAGAAUUCUUUCUUAGACUCUCUAGAACACUGGAGCCAGACGAAUUGAUACUUUCUCAAAGGCUAUUCGCCUUCAUUGUUGUCUCGCAGAGACCAUUGAGCAUAGCUGAAGUUCAGCAUUUGCUGGCUGCCGAUGCCUCGUCCACUUCCAAAGCUGACACGCAAUCCCUUCAAGAUUGUCUCAUCCCGGGGCUAGAUCAGAGGAUACUAGAUCUAUGUGGUGACCUUAUCAAUAUCGUGAAUGGUUGCUUGCAAUUGGUCCAUUUUUCUGUGAAGGAGUUCCUGGUGAGGCCCAAGAAACAAUGGCCAAACUAUGGGAAACGUCGUAAGACGAUGAAGUUUCGCGUGGCUCCGGAGGGCUCACACAGUUCGCUUGCAUCGGCCUGCAUGUUGUACCUUGACGAGUGUCUCGAUGAUUCUCCUGUGCAUGACCAGGAUAACACUUCUGAGCUCGAACGAUGUCAUCCAUUUCUUCGUUACUCAUUUACCUACCUGCAUACUCAUUUGCAUCAGUCGGGCUUGCCAACAGAUUCUACGUUGAACGACCUUCGGAACUUUCUCAAGUCAAAUCGAUGGAUAGCUUGGUGGGAGAUCUUGCUGAUUGGCAAUAUCGAAGAUGAUUCUCUUCUCUCCCACUCUGACGAAGGCGAGAAAUUCCUUUCCUGGCUGGGCGACAAGCACGAGGAAAUGUUGGUCGUGGCAUCUGCUAGUCUGAAAAUCACCUUUGAGAAACGAGCACAAGAAUUCGGGGUUGAUGACCCACGGACUGAGCGAAUUGGCUUUUCUCUUCAUUACUUAGGGGGAUUGUCCGUGUCACCCCCGGCUGAAGCUCCGGGUUCUUGCGCCGCUCCCAAUUCAAGCUUAUCAAUGAAUCCCCGUCAGAUCAUGCGAUUGGUUCGAGGAGAUGAGCCAUUGUCUUCGCAAUUGAAAGCGAAUUUAGUGCUGGGGAUGCUUGCGUAUCUUCAGAAAGCCAAACAUCUUACGGAUCCUAUGCAGCUCCUUUUCGAUAAGAUUCUACAGUAUGGAUCAAGCAUGCCCGUUUACGUUCUCCUUAACGUGGGCUACUUCUGUUCAAGAGUAGGCAGACUUGAACAAGCUGUUGAAUUCUACCUUGUUGGUUUGAGGACGGUUGAGCAAAGGGAGGACCGAAUAAAGUACCAGAUUUUGUUUGAACUUGGCUACACGUACUGGCAGCUCGGUCAAUACAAGAAAUCCCUUCAGCCCCUCAAAGAUUGCCUGGCAGGUUGGGCGCAAAUCCUUGGACCGGAGCACGAAGAUACUUUGAUGGCCUGUGGUUUUAUUGGGAGAGCCCAUUAUCGUUUAGGCGAACAUGCUGAGAGUCUAGAGUUCUUUGAAAGAGCUCUUAUUGGUCAGGAGAAGGUCCUUGGGCCGGGGCACAAGAACACUCUCUUCACCCUUCAUCACAUUGGAGUAGCCUAUUUUUAUUUGAGCAAGUAUGCUGAGAGUCUAGUGUUCCUUAAAAGGGCUCUCAACGGCUUGGAGAGGGUUCUUGAACCGGAGCAUGAGGAGACCAUGAACAUCCUCUCUUUCAUAGGGGAGAUCUAUUUUCGUCAACAUCAUUAUACUGAGAGCCUGGAUAUCUACAACAAGCUUCUUGCCGGUCGGGAGAAAUUUUUUGGACCGGAGCAUGAUACGACCUUACAGGCCCUUAAUCGGAUAGGGGCCCUCUAUUCUCACCAAGGUCAAUAUAUUGAGAGCCUGAAAGUCUUCAAAAGGGUUCUGGCCGUCCAGGAGAAGCUUCUUGGGCCGGACCAUGAUACAACCUUGCAGGCUCUUGAGCAAAUAGGAGGCUUAUAUUCUUGUCAAAAUCAAUACACCGAGAGUCUCGAGGUUCAUAAGAAGGUUCUGGCCAGUCGGGAGAAAGUUCUUGGAUCGGACCAUGAUAAGACCUUCCAGACCCUUGGUCAAAUAGGGAGGCUCUAUUGUCAUCAACAUCGAUAUACCGAGAGUCUGGAGGUCUUUAGAAAGGUUCUCAUUGGUCGAGAGAAGAUUUCUGGGCUCGAGGAUGAAACUACUUUGCGAACCUUUGAGUGGGUUGGAUACGUCUAUUCUCAUCAACGUCAGUAUACUGAGGCCUUAAAGUUCUAUCGGAAGGCUCUUGCCGGCAGAGAGAAGGCUAUGUUGCCUAAGAAUGAAGAGUUUUUGCGGACCCUUCAAUCUGUUGGCAACUCUCAUAUCGGUCUACAUCAAUUUGCUGAUAGCCUUGAGUUCCUUAAAAGGGCACUUCGUGGCCAGGAGCAGAUUCUUGGGCCUGAACACAAAGAUACAUUGCUAACAUAUCAGUUGAUUUGGAAUGCUCACAAAAGUCUCGGCUACGAUACGUCUGCCUUGUUGGGAUUUACGGUAAUUGAUCCAGCAUUGAGGAGCCCAGAGCGAGUCUAUCUUGGGGCUACAUGA